AUGGCGCCAAAGCGUCGUCUGAUCGAGGGGGCCCCCGUGCAGAAGCCGCCGAAGAAGUUGCCGAAGAGCUACCCGACCGUGGACAAGGCAGUCGCCAAAAAGCUGAAAGACAACAUGAAGGGAUGGAGCCAGGAUGACCUGACAUUGACGAAGGUGCACUGGGGGGACGGCGUAGGGCCCGUCAGCGCCAAGGAGAAAGUCGCUGCAGACUACAAGCGCCAGUUCGACGGGGACACGACUGUCGUCAUGGGGUCGAUGUAUUGGAGUUCGAUGCGCGAUGCUUACCGCUCGCCUAAGAGCGCUCACGUUGCCUUGGAGCCCGAGGACCCAGAGUUGCCGGUGGACCCCAGGCUAUUCAAAGCCAUCAUCGCGUGCAAGCGGCAAAACCCUGACCGGGAGCAGCUGAAAGGGUACCCGGAUGAGUGGCUCGCCACUGGCAAGGUCCAGAACGCCACCGAGGUACCGGGCAUUUUCAGGCAGAUGAUCUCCCUCAAAAUGACAUGCGCGAAGCAGCGUCCAUUGGCCCUGGAGCUGCUCAGGUGGAUCGCGAGGGAGAAGAUCAAUGUGAAGUAUGCUGGCGAGUUCGGGCUCGUAUUCCAGUGGGUCGACGACGCCGUGUGCGUGAUCUGGGCGCGCGCCCAAAAGGAUGGUUUGAACCGGGGCGACUUUCUCUCAGUGCACGAGGACGUGGUGGAGCUCGCCUUGAUGAACGAGCAGGACGAUUGGGCCAACGUCUCCGAGCAUCUGGUCCAGGCCACCAACACUAGCCAGACCGCCCUUGGCCUCUUCGGGUUCGCUCUCACCCACGUCGUGAGCUCGAGGAUUGUGCAGAUCCUCGCGGAGCAGAUGACCGCCACCUUCACGAAGUCCGAUACCUUGGGAGACGCGUGGAUCAACUCUGGCAAAAGCGUGACAAUGCGGCAGAUCGAGUCGCUCGCUGGCUUGGAGAAUCUGAGUCGGAAGCGCACCGUGAACCUCGCAUAUCGCGGCGGGGAGUUGCCUAUUGAGGUGGAAUCCUGGCAGGACGAGGUGAGCCACGCCUUCGAGUGUGCUAGGCGGGAGCUCGGCGUUGAGAACGAUGACUUGGCCCAGUACUCCUUCGAGCACCUCAUCGCCCCCGCUGGCUUCCACUCCAAGCUGAAGGGGAAGCCCAGCGCCAAGUCGCUGGCUCCUGCGAGGGCCGCGCGCAAAGCCUUGGUGAAGGCGUUCAAAGACGAGGGGGCGACGUCUGGUGACCAGAUGAAGGCGGUGGCCGAGGGGAUGGCCGAGGGCCUCGUCUUGACUGACCCGUUCUACAAGAUCGAGCUCGCUAUCAUUCUGAAGGCGACCUCGGCUACGCAGGCUGGCGGCCGCGUGCAGGAGGAGCUGCUCGGGUGCUUGGCUUCGAAGGACGCCAAUGUCCUGCCGGAGGAGGCCGUCCAGUCUGUUUCCUGCCUCAAGAACACGGACACAUACAAGAUGGCGUGCUCCGACGCCCAGGACAAAGUGGAGUCGGUACUGCGCUGGCUGGGGAAGAUCGUCGAGGAGCAGCCCCCCAACUUGCGCGACGCCCAGAAGGACGACUUUCUCGGCCCUGUCGUGUCCCAGCUCGGCUACUUCGUGCGGUGGGGGCCCUCCGCAGGGGCCUCGACGGCAGUGUUCAAGUACGGCAUGGACGCCAUGCGCGAGAAGAUCGACCUUGCCAAGGGCAAGUUGCAGCUCGGCACCGUGGCCCCUGAGGACGUCGUCCAGAUCCGCACCUUCCCUUGGUUGAUUCCCAAGCCUCUGAGGAACGAGGCGAGGGCGAUCAUCAAGGACGUCGACGAGAGCUCUGGCGCGAUCGUCCCCGUCGCAUACGCCACCCCGGCCAAGGUGGCGAAGAAGGCGGCCGAGGGGAAGAAGGCCGAGAAGGACACCGCGACGGAUGCUGCCUUGGCCCUCUUUGGCAAGAAGAAGGGCAAGGGGAAGUGA